AUGGACUUUCUCGGGCCAAUCGACCCACUAACACCUAGCCUUUACGGAGAUACUGAGGACAAGUAUGUACUUAUCGUCGUCGACUACUUCUCCAAGAUUGUUUCCGCAAAAUCGUUCCCGAAGGUCGACGCGGCGGCAGCAGCCCAGAUGUGGGACGAUCACCUAGUAUCUAUCUUCGGUUUUACCAGGGUAGUCUACACCGAUAACGGCUCACAUUUCACAGGAUUCGAAACAGUAACACUGUUCGAAUCUCAUGGGACGACGGUGAUCGCGACUCCUAUCUGCCGCCCUGAAUCAGUUCGGCUGAUCGAAAGAAUGGUACAGAUGGUUGCCGCCCAGCUUCGGAAAUGGGCAAUCGCGCCGCGAUAUACAGUUUAA